AGCGGGUCGGGAAGUAGUUCCGGGUGCGCGGCCCCGGAUGUUGGCUGCUCCCGCUGCUGCCGCCGCUCUCGGCGCUGCUCGGGGCCUCGGCCGCUCGCACCAGGCGCAGUUGGGACCUUUCCUGGGGGGCGGAGACGCACGUAGCGGCCGGGGGCUCGGCCGGGCCGUCCCGGCCUGCGCAGCCUGAGAUUCUCUUUGUGGCCAGAUGGGUUUGUAUGGACAGACUUGUCCAUCUGUAACUUCAUUAAGGAUGACAUCUGAACUGGAGAGCAGCCUAACAUCUAUGGACUGGUUACCACAGCUCACCAUGAGAGCAGCCAUCCAAAAAUCUGAUGCUACACAAAAUGCACAUGGAACAGGAAUUUCUAAGAAGAAUGCACUCCUUGACCCAAAUACAACUCUGGACCAGGAAGAAGUCCAACAGCACAAGGAUGGGAAACCUCCAUACAGUUAUGCCAGCCUCAUUACAUUUGCAAUUAAUAGCUCUCCCAAAAAGAAAAUGACUUUAAGUGAGAUUUACCAGUGGAUUUGUGAUAACUUUCCAUAUUAUAGAGAGGCUGGCAGUGGUUGGAAGAAUUCUAUACGACAUAAUCUGUCACUGAACAAAUGUUUCCUUAAAGUGCCUCGAUCCAAGGAUGACCCCGGAAAGGGAUCCUACUGGGCCAUAGACACCAAUCCGAAGGAAGAUGCGCUGCCUACUCGGCCAAAGAAGAGGGCACGAUCUGUAGAACGGGCCUCAACUCCAUAUAGCAUAGAUUCAGAUUCUUUGGGAAUGGAGUGUAUUAUUUCGGGAAGUGCCUCUCCAACUCUGGCAAUCAACACUGUGACUAACAAAGUAACAUUGUACAACACUGAUCAGGAUGGUAGUGAUAGCCCACGCAGUAGCCUUAACAACAGUCUCUCAGACCAGAGUUUGGCAUCUGUUAAUUUGAACAGUGUUGGGAGUGUGCAUAGUUAUACCCCGGUCACAAACCAUCCUGAACCAGUCUCUCAAUCAUUAACUCCUCAGCAGCAGCCACAGUACAACCUUCCAGAACGAGAAAAACAAUUACUUUUCCCAGAAUAAUUUGAAGAUCUUAGUGCCUCAUUUCGGAGCCUUUAUAAGUCAGUUUUUGAGCAGUCACUUAGUCAACAAGGUUUGAUGAACAUCCCUUCUGAAUCUUCCCAGCAGUCCCACACUUCGUGUUCCUAUCAGCACUCUCCUAGCAGUACAGUGAGCUCUCACCCACACAGCAACCAAAGCAGCCUGACCAACAGUCAUGGCAGUGGCCUCAACACCACGGGCAGCAAUUCUGUUGCACAAGUCUCACUGUCCCACCCCCAGAUGCACACACAGCCGUCUCCACAUACACCCCAUCGACCGCAUGGUUUACCACAGCACCCACAGCGUCCCCAGCACACAGCACCUCACCCACAGCAACACAGCCAGCUCCAGUCCCCUCACCCCCAGCACCCCUCUCCACAUCAACACAUACAGCACCAUCCGAACCAUCAGCAUCAGACGUUAACACAUCAGGCACCCCCACCACCACAACAGGUAUCCUGUAAUUCUGGUGUUCCUAAUGAUUGGUAUGCGACGCUUGAUAUGCUAAAAGAAAGCUGUCGAAUUGCCAGCAGUGUUAAUUGGUCAGAUGUAGACCUUUCCCAAUUCCAAGGUCUGAUGGAGAGUAUGAGACAAGCAGAUCUGAAGAACUGGUCUUUAGAUCAGGUUCAGUUUGCUGAUCUCUGUUCUUCUCUUAAUCAGUUCUUUACACAAACUGGCCUUAUCCACUCACAGAGUAAUGUUCAGCAAAAUGUUUGUCAUGGUGCCAUGCAUCCAACAAAACCUUCCCAACACAUUGGAGCAGGAAAUUUGUACAUAGACUCUAGGCAAAAUCUCCCUCCUUCAGUGAUGCCACCCCCUGGUUAUCCUCAUAUCCCACAGGCACUCAGCACUCCAGGAACAACGAUGGCAGGCCAUCACGGAGCCAUGAACCAGCAGCACAUGAUGCCUUCCCAAGCCUUCCAGAUACGGCGCUCCCUGCCUCCAGAUGACAUCCAGGAUGACUUUGACUGGGAUUCAAUUGUGUAGGGCUUGUUUCUGCAAGGCAUCAGACCCCAGUGUCACCUUUCUGUGCAGUGAAGGGAAAGAUUUUAAGAGAAUCCAGUUGAGAAAACAAAGUUGCUAAUCAUUUCACCAAUGUUAUCAAAAUUUCUUUUGAAGACAAUCAAAAAGAUUUAGCUGGAUAACUUACUGCUUUUAUCUGACCCAAACAAGUACUACAUGUUUGUCUCCCUGCCAACUGCCCUAUGUAGCUCCUAACCGUUGUGUGAUUUGGACAGCUUUUUGCAUAUUUGUGUCAGUUUGAUGUUAACCACAAGUGCCAGACUGAUUUUUCAGACAGAGCCUAUUUUGCUGCAAGCAGUUUAUAGAUACAUAUGUGUAAAUAUAUGUACAAAAAUUACUGAAAGGCUUCAAUUUUUUUCUAAUUGGAUUAUUAUGUCUUGAAAAGAAAGUUACUGUCAGUUUUUAUUCUUGUUAGGCUAUUUUCUGCAGGAUGCUUUUAAUUGAUGUAGGGAACUGAAAGAAAAUAGAUUUUUCCAAAGCUCAGUUUCCUUUAUUUAAUCUUUUUCAGAAGUGUGGGUAAUAAUGAAUUCUGUCCAAUAAGUCAACAAACACAGAGUUUGAUACUCUUCAAACAAUCCAGAGGGGCAUGUUGUUCCUGAGCAGCAUAAAGAACUGACCAAAUUUGUUUUGAUGCUUGGGAGAAUAUAGAGUAUAUGUUGUACCUUGUCAAUGUCUGUUUCCUAAAUCUACAUUAUGACAGCUCUGAAAUUUGUUUCAAUGGCUAGAAGCUGGGCAUUGCUUGGCUCUAAACAAAUUAAUGCCUCCACAUUCACUUAUGUAUUUAUUAUUCAGAAGUGUUAUUUUAAUAUUUAUUACUACCUUUUGUGAAUGCUCAACUCCUAUUGGGAUUCACUAAGGAGAAAUGUGGUGUUUGAAAAGCACAGAAUUAUUUUUCUUGAUAAGAGUUUACAGACAAGACAAUCAGAGGGACAUUGUGUCAUUCUCUUUAUCAUCACUUCUUUUACCAGGUGAGUAUAUUUCUCUAUCUUAGCAUUCCUGCUGAUUGAGACUUAAUAGCUAAAUAGGAUUUUUCUGGAAGUUGAAUCAAAGACCAUUUGGGCUACAGAACAACAUGGCGGGAUUCAUGAAGCAAGUUUCCCUACUCACCCUUUUUCCAUUUAAGUAGUACUGGAAGGAGGAUGGAGCUACACAUAGACUUCAUUUACCUCCGUCUUCAGUGCAGUUGCUAAGCGGACUUUGGUUUCUGUUGUCCUGUGUGUGCAUGACAUUUGGUCACUUUCUUUGAAAUGAAACCCACCUUGUAGGAGUUUUUCUUAGUUUUUUGUUCUGUUUCAUGUCAUCUCACAGUUACUUUGCAUGAAUUGAUUGUCUUAGUUUUGUAAUAAAACUAGGAGAAAUGAGAUUUUUUUUCCCUGAUGAAUAGGUUUUGAGUUGAUUCUUUAAAGAAAAAAAGUUUUAAAUUUUAAUGGGGAAAUAGGUCCCAUCAAAUCAAGGAGGAAUGACUGCUCACUGGUUGCUUCUUUAGCACCUCUGGUCUCUAUCAGCCAAAUGCUAAAUCACUUUAAUUAGCCUUAGUGAUUCUUUGGUUGAGUAAUCUCUACUUGAACUAAACAUACAUUUUGUUUGUGUGUGUGUGUGUGUGUGUGUGUUUGUGUGUGUGGUUUUUUAAAUGGAGCAUUGCCUUGAAAGAGUCACUGGGAAGCCAGCCAUGGUAAGAGCUGGUGACAUUGGGGAGAAAGGAGGAGCUUUAUGUUUCUUUGUCAUUUGAACCUUGCUUGGUAUGAAAAAGGAAGCUCAGUUUCAGCAGAUCAGUAAAAAUCAGAGGAUGCUGGAAAGGCAGCCAACAGGCCCCUCUUAGAAGGAUCAAGGCAAGAUGAGAUGGCAGCCUGCAGAGUAAAAGCUUCAAAAAAGGGGGAAUGAUUUUUAAAAGUCUACUCAAGUCACUGUUUCCUAGACACCAAAAUAUAACUGUUCUGAAACUGUCUGGAUUGCUUGGGUAGAAAUGUGCACUUUAAACAGUUUGGGUAUUGGAAUGCAGUUUCUUAAACUGAAUGAUUUGGAUAGAAACACCAAUAAUGAUUUUAUAAAUUUUGUGACGCCAAUUUCCCAUUUUGCAAUCAUUUAGUGAUUUGCAGUGCUCAAUAUUUUUGUGAGUAUUUAAACUUACCAGGAAUGGCCCAGGAGGCAGUCUCCAUCCAGACCUGUCCCACUCUCCUGUGACCCAGGGCUACUUCGUGAGUCACAUAGAGUCCCUUUAAUGGCCAUUUCUGUUGGUAGUUGCUAAUGCAAAAAAGCAAGUUCUGUCUUGGGCUUAGACUGACUAAAGACUUUUGGAGAAAAGAAUAAUAAAUGCAUGUAAUCAAAUGGGCACUCUGUCCGGGAAAAUAAUCCGACUGGCAUUUGUGGCAGUUUUUGACAUGUAAAUGUAUUCAUGUGUGUUCUUGUAAAUAUGUGUCUCUCAAAUGUCCUUUGAAGUGGGAGGGAAACAAUCUGGGGAUAAUUUCAAAUGGAAUAGAGUAUUUUGAUAUUGUUCAUUCAGAGGGUGAUGUGUACAUAUCUAUAUUGUAUAUAUGUGAUGAAAAUGCAUUGGCUUUUUGUGCAAACACAAACCUGCUCUCUGUUCUGCUGUUGGACAGUCAGUGUUUUAAUGUUUCUACAGUUUUGCUAUUGCACGAUUUCAUAUUCUGCCUCUAUGAUGAGCGGCACCCAUUCUUUGUAACUGUUUAGUGCUGUAAAGAAAUAUUCCAAGUGUCAUUAGGAUUGUUGCUGCCAGACUGAUAUGCAUGAAUGGCACUUAAAAUAAAUAUAUUACGUUAACU